AUGGAGGCUGGCUUGAAGGUACUAGUUCGUUGGAAGGAUUCGUGGCAGAAACGACGUCCGGAAGCGGAACGCAUUUACCAACUCGAAAAACUCGUAUCUUCGUGGAACUCGAGGGCUGGACUGGUUCAGCACAGCUUACGUGUCAUAGAGCCUUUGCAGGCGUUGCGUAGGUCUACGUUGGGACUCUUGGCGUCUGUUGCGUCGUCCAAAAAUGACGGAGAUUCGUUGGUGCGCCGAGUCAACGACGAAAUCGAUCGUUCUUGGCUGCUUAGCGCAAAAGCCGCGAGAAAGUCACAGCAUUAUCAUCGGGCUUAUUCGUGUCUCUUGAAUGCUGAAAGACCGAUUAUUGAUGCCGAGCCAGGCUCGGCGGCGAGUCUGCUACGUGCUGAAGUACUGAUCGAAAAAGCAAAACUGGACUGGAAAAAUGGCAAUCAAGAAGAAGCCAUGCGACUGCUCAACUCCAGCGUCGAGUUUUACCUGACUCCUCAAGGUGCAGACGCCGACAUCAGUGUAGACAAAGACAUGGCUGCCAUGACAAGACUGUUGCUGACGCAGUAUUGGGAGGAAGCGGGUUAUCAGGACUCGGCGAAGAUCCGAUCGAGUUACGAGCGAGUUUGUCAGAUGAGUUCUGAUUGGGAACAAGGGUAUUUUUAUCUGGCCAAAUACCUUGACAAGGUCCAUUCUUCAAAAGGCGAUCGUAGCCGAGAGCUUCAGCCGGACCUGGUGCACACGAUUGUCACAUCGUAUGGAAAGAGCCUGGUUUACGGGUUCCGUCAUGUUUACGAAGCUUUACCCCGAUUGCUGACCUUGUGGAUGGAGUUUGGUACAGCGAUUGAAACCGUUCGGUCCAGUUCUAGUAAAUCCGGAACAGCCAGCAACGCUCAAAGUAUUAUGCGAGUUCAGCAGAAUCUGAAGGAACUGACGAAAACCGUU